CACUUUCAUCAGUAGUGGUAUCGAUGCCUCAUCACGAUCUUCGAGAUCUUAAUACAUCACUACAAAUAAUACAUGUAUAUCCAAUCUUUUAUCCAGUGUUUAUAUGAUUCAAUGAUUUAUAUAGAUGGGGGGAUUCCAGCUGGUCGGUGUGUUUGUCUGUGGUUUGUUUCUAAUGGAUCUUAUCAUUUCAGUACGGACAGACAUGACGGAUAAAACGUGUACAGAACGAUAUACAUUUACUCAAGUCGAGAUUUAUGAGGGAUACACGUCCUGCCCCCACUAUGAGCAAGUCUGUAACGGGUGGUUCCUCGGCAGGAGAUGCAGGACGUACACAAGGUAUUAUCUUUGUCCUCGACAAAUGUCACGGAUGGUUUAUAAAUCUCGCAAUAUACCUGUCUGUUGCCCUGGUUACCAGGAACUAGCCAACGGAACCUGUUUAAGAGCCUGUACAGAAAACAUGUAUGGGGACCAAUGUCAGUACAAAUGUAACUGCUCUAACAACGCAUACGAAGACUGUGAUAUUGAUACCGGAAACUGCACGUGUUUACCGGGCUGGACCGGAAGUAACUGUGAUCAAGUGUGUCCAGCCGGUUGGUUUGGCUCCCACUGCGAUCGUCAGUGUCUAUGCCAGAACAACGCCACCUGCAGUCCACUAGAUGGCGCUUGUAACUGUACAGUUCCAGGAUGGACGGGAGAAUUCUGCGAUGAAGAAUGUAAUUCUACAAAAUACGGACAAAACUGCCAGAGUAACUGUAAUUGCACUAUCAACCAAACAUGCGAUCGCAUUACUGGCGUAUGCAGAUGCAUGGCCGGCAAAACAGGAUCGAACUGUACCGAAGACUGUCCUCCGUUUAAAUUUGGACCAGAUUGCACCAAGAACUGCUCAUGCAAACAUUCCAGCGGAUGUGACGCAGUUAACGGAAAGUGCAUUUGUGAAGCAGGAUUCACUGGGAAAAAGUGUCAAAGAGUUUGUGCCACCGGAACAUUUGGUGAAGGAUGCAAUCAGACUUGUAACUGUACAGGCGCUGAGAUAUGUAAUCCGGUGACGGGAGAAUGCUUCUCACGAUGUGUUUGCCAUGAAAGGGGUACCGCUAACUGUAACACCUUGUAUGAUUCCUGCAAAUGUUUACCUAACCACAACCACACCUGUCAUUCUGAAAGUUGGUUUGCAAAGGAAAAGUGCAGAGAUGUUUGCGAGUGUAUAUCGCCGGACAGUACUUGUUGCGUUGCCAAUACAUCUAGAUGCCAAUGUAACGACGGAUGGACAGGUCCCAAAUGCUCUAAAAGUAUGGCAUUUCAAUCAUUCUGGAGGCGUUGUGACAACGUCUGCAACUGUUCGGCAGACGAACGAUGCCAUCACGUGACCGGGGCUUGUAGUCCCAAGAGAAGGCCAGUGGCAGAGAAAUCAAUCUCGACUAACUCGAGACAAACCUUCUGGAUAAUUUCUGGGGGAUUUCUAUUACUACUUGUUGUCAUGACGACAGCUCUGAUCAUCUUCCUAAAGAGUAAACAUGCUGUGUCAAGAAAACCAAGGCAAGUUUUUUUUCCAGGAAAUUUUCUUAAUUCUAAAUAUAUGAAUUUCUUUUUUUUAAAACAUUUUUGUCGAAACUCGGGCUGCUUACAUUGCUGUAGACCAAAUAAAAAGGAAUCUUUAGCGACGCAGAAAUACACGGAGCUACAGGAAGACUUGGACUGGGUCGUUCAUGAUGAGGAAUACGACCAUUUAAAUAGGUCUGGACAGGCCAAGUGCCAGCUCCAAUUAAACUAUGACCCAACCUACAGUCAUGUGUCUGACAACAGUGCUGCAUACAGUUCUCUAACAUCAUCUUCUAACAAAGUGACUUCAGAGGGCGAUUAUAGCCACAUUAGUCCAGAGAAUGCAACUUAUGACACUCCACAGAACAAUGUAAAAGAGUGAAGUUUUCUGAUAAUACAAAAUCAAGUUGAUAAAUACUUGUCUUCUUGGUAGUGACAUUCUUAUGACAAUAAUAUAAAUGUAUCCUGGUCACGGCACCAGUUUAAUGGUUGAAUAUGGUUGUAGGACUUUUGCCUAAAUGCUUAUUAAUAUCCAAAGGUGUAAAUAGUGAUUGAAGGCUUAGUCAUAUAAAAUAUUUUGAAAGUG